AUGAUAUCCUGGACGCCAGAUAUAUUCGUUGGAUUUUAUGAAUUCGAAACUCGUGAUGUAAGAAAAAAGAGAUUCAAGAUUUUUUUUUUGAAUUUCAGAAAAUCAGAACUUAUUCAAGUGAUUUGUCAAUUUCCAACGAUCAAAAAGCAAUUGAAGAAUUGAGAAAAAUUUACGAGAAAUCAGAUGGGAAAUUGGAAGUUUAUGGUAGUGUUGAAGAAAUGUUGCAGUAUUUCAAAAGGAUUCAACGGAUUGAACAAAAUGGAAUCAGGUUUGUAAAGAAAUAUAUUUUCUCUAACAACGUGGCAAACUUGGAAAAUCUCGAAUUUUUUCAGUUCGCAUGUUUCAUUUCCGAGUUAUACUGAUGUUUCUGGUCAAAUAAUUUGUGUAUCAAAUUCUGAUGUUAUUGAAUAUAUGAAGCUCACAUUGGAAACGAAACUUGCCGCGUUUUUAGAUUCUCCUAACAAUCAAAUCUACCAAAUAACUGAAGUUGCGAAGAAUGUGUCGGAACAUUUAUGGCAAAUAGCUGGGUUGAAAAAUGAAACCAAAAACAAAUAUCACAAAAUGAUCAACGAUGACUCGUGGAGAGUCUUACAUGCAAAAUUGAGCGAUUUGUGUAAUUUUGCAAAUCGUGGGUUUGCGGGAAAAGAGUGGGAAAUGAGAGCGAAACAACCAAUCAAAUUCAAAAAAUGUGGAAGUUCUCAACGGUAUAUCAAUGAUUUGUUCGAAUAUUUGGAGAUGCUCAAACUUCCGAAUAUCACAGAAACAUGGAAUGCAAUUGCACACCUUAAUAAUCUACUUGAGCCACUUCGCGAUGAACUAAGGGCACUUGGAAACCCACAGAAAGGGGUUUGAUGACAUGACAUUUUUAGGUUUUUUAAGCAAAUGAGUUAAAAUAUUUGGUUCUAAUGUUAUUCAUAUGAUAGAAUGGUCUAAGACGAACAUAAUGAUAUAAAUUUUGAUGAGUUUACGUUAUCCAUAAGUGAUUUAGCGACGUUCAGUCGAUAUUUAGGCGAUAAGCUCGCUAAAUCACUUAUGGAUAAGGUAAAGUAAUCAAAAUUUAUAUCAUUCUGUUCGUCUUAGACCAUUCUAUCAUAUGAAUAACAUUAGAACUCAAUAUUUCAACUCAUUUGCUUAAAAAACAUAAAAAUGUCAUUUAGUCGAUAUCCAACUGAUAAUUUCUUAGUUCAUAUCUUGAAAACGCUCGUUUUCAGGCUACACUCAACUACAAACCAGUGAUUCGAAGAUUCAAAGGAGCGAAUUAUGAAUUCUAUCUAGCGAGAGAAGUUAGCGACACAUUCCCAAAAGAAAACAUCGCUCUCGAAACUGACGAAGAUAUCAAACAAAAACGAAUAUUCACCGUUGAUUGCACAACUUUCGAUCAAAUUCUUCAAAAACAUGGGGCCGACAGUGUUAUCAUCGUCGAAAUUCCAAUCGAAACCAAUUCUCGAAACAACACUUAUCCGAUAUAUUCUUCAUACGGUUUCCAUUGUCGCCCAGCUUGGGAGGCUUUCGAAGAUUGUUUGUACGAGAUGAUAUUGUCAUUCCGAAAAAAUAAGAACUUGGAAGAGAACCGAAAUGGCCUAGGACACCAAGACUACAGUAGACUUCGCAAAAUUUUGGAGUCUAUUUGAAAAAUAAAAUGCGAAAUUUACACGCUGGCUAUUUGCCAACCAGUUUGAUGUGCAUGUGUCACGUCAUGUUUAGUCUACUGUACGUGAGCGCCAAUUCAAACGGAGGUUCUUUUAUUUUCGGAAUGACAAUAGUUGUUCGCAAAUAUUUUCUACAUGCUAAAAAUGUGACAAAGAUGUACGAUGUUAUUGAAUCGAAAGAAUUCGAUGUUUUUGUUGAGCAUUCGACGAUGUAUUUAGUGGAUUGUGUUAUACAUCCAGAGCUUGUUGUACGUGAUAAUUGGAACUAUAAUAUCUCCGAAUUACUAUACUUAAAAGAAUAUACAAAAAAUGAAGUGACUGAAAUCCUCAAUAAAUUCGUGGAAAAUCACAAUAUCGAUGGAAAUGAAAUGAAAGGGAUUAUCGAUAAAGUAUUCCAAAUACUGCCAAAAAAUCUCACCUACAAACAAAUAUAUGAUCUAUAUUUCCGGAUAAUUUUGAGAAAUGUUCUGAAAUUGUGUCCGAAAAUUGCGAGAUUGCACGCGAAUCAAGGAAAAUAUAGGGGAAAUCGAGGAGGAGAUUCGGAUUUGAUUCAUGAAGCUGUGCAGGAAUUUGAUGAUUUCAAAAAUGGCAACAUCUCGGAGGUUGUGAAGGAGAGAUUUGGAAAUUUACGAUGUGAGAAUAUUGAAUUGAAAAAGUCAGUUUUUUUUAACGAAAUAGAGAAGAUGGUGAAAAAAAGUUUUCAGACGCGAAACAAAUUAUAUCGAUGAGAUAAAAAAGCUGAAGGAGCAAUUAGCAAUGUAAGCUACAUAUCGAUGUUUUUCAAAAAAUGAAUUGUUUCAUUUCAGCCGCGAAAAAAAUCACAUGGAAGAAAUUGGGAAGCUGAAUGAGCAAGUGGAACAGUGAGUUUUUAAACAAACAUCUGAAAUUUUGAAACAAAAAAUUUCAGACAUCAGACGAAUUUCAACAAACUGAAGGAGGAGGCAGAACAAUUUAAAGAGUAAUUUUUUAAAAGAAAACUGACUGAAAACUGAAAAUUUUUCUUCAAGAGAACUAUGAAAAGUUGGAAAUUCUUGAAGAAUUUUUCUUGAGAUGUAUUAAUUAUUUGCAGAAGACAACGCGAUUUCUCGAAGUUCGCUUCUCAGUUGAAAAAUCGAGUGGAACAAACGUUGAAUGAUUUGGUGGAUAAUACAAAUUUCUGA